CUCGCAGGAGCCUCCGGAUCGCGCCCGGGAGCCGCCGAGGAGCGCAGCCAUGGACGACUCGGCGCGGGAGAGCCUUCUCCUGGCAGCAGCCUAUGUCUUUGAUGCCCAGUACAAUAGGAACAUCCCUUUUGAGACCUCGCCACAAGCAGUCAGGCUCUACUACCUGUAUAACCACUGGGCUAUGCAAGCCUCUCUCUACUUGUUUAUUUUUGUGGAUCUUGCGCUUGCAGUGUUUGAAGAGCCUGCUGUGUACCCACUUCCUUUCUUGGUUACCUCACUGAUUGAAGUCUUAUGCCUUUUGGUCUUCUUUGGAAGGCUUGUCCACUUUGCCCAAGUCACUCCUCGCCUUGUGUUCUGGAAGGAUACAAAGAACAUCUGCAUCAUGAUAACAAUCUUGUUGACUUUGAUUGACCUAAUUAUCUAUGGCGCUCUCAGAAUCUCAAGCAUUCGUAGUGUGCGAUGGUCCAGGCCCAUGAGACCACUCUUCUUAAUAAACUUUGCAGAAAGCCGGCAGAUCCGGCGAGCAUUUCGUAGCAUCCGGAACACCCUGCCUGAGAUCACCUACGUCUUUCUGCUGUUCACGUUCAGCGUCUUGAUGUUUUCUCUCAUGGCCUUGAAGUUGUUUGGGGACAGGAAUCUGAGGACUGUGGAUGGCUUGCCGUAUUUUUCAAAUUACCUUGCUAUCGUAUUUGAUAUGUAUGUGCUGGUGACCACCGCCAAUAGCCCUGAUGUCAUGAUGCCAGCUUAUGAUGUCAGUGGGUGGUACUCCCUGUUCUUCAUCACCUACAUUGUCAUAAAUACAUACAUCUUCAUGUCUGUCUUCUUGGCUGUCGUGUACAACAAUUACAGAAAACACUUAAAGAAUGAGAUCCGCAAACUUGCUUACAUGAAACGGCGCAAGAUGAUAGAAGCCUUCAACCUCUUAAAGGUCGAGGAAGGAGCAGACUUCGUUGUCCAUGCAGACAAGUGGAAGCUUCUUGUAAAGUUGGUGGCGCCUGAUAUAAGCGCAUCCCACAGAGAGCUCUUGCUCAGAAUAUCCGAUGAAGAGCAGAAGGGCAGCAUAGAUAAAAAAUCUUUUGUACGUCUGGCGGAUCUUUUGAAUAUACAAGUGAUCACAGUGAAGGUCCACAGCCAUCCUUUGGACACCUGGUUUCCCCACCUGUACAACUCUGCUCCCAGCCGUUUCAUACACCGUAUUGUCCAGCACAAGGGAUUUGUUUGGCUUUAUGAUGUGAUCAUACUCAUUAAUGCUGUCUUCAUUGCAUUGGAUGAGAAGAACCCAUAUAUUUCCUAUGCUGAGUGGGUGUUCCUUUGUCUGUACAUAGUUGAGAUUCUCCUGAAGUUGUACACCUAUGAACCCAGGUCCUUUUUUGGAAGGAACCAGUUCUGGAACUGGUUUGACACAUCUAUCAUUAUUGCUGCCUUGAUAGCAACAGUACUUAACUCUACGCUCCGAUCAGUGAGAAUCUAUAACAGCCAACAAGUGCUGGACAUCGUGUUCAUCCUACGAGUUCUUCGGCUCAUAAGAAUUGUCGACAGUAUACAAAGGUUCCGUGUGAUCAUGAAUACACUAAUAAACAUCAUGCCUACAAUGCUCACCUUUGGUGGGUUGGCCCUGGUGGUGUAUUACAUGUUUUCGAUUGUCGGGAUGGAAAUCUUCCAUGGGAAGGUACAAUUCUUUGCCAGGAACGCCACUGCACAGCACGCUGCAUACUGCGGAAAUCCUGCUCUGAAAGAUACCACGUUUGCCCGAGCCAAAUAUUGCAAGAACAACUUCAAUGACAUUGUGUCAUCUUUCAUUGUCCUUAUGGAAUUAACUGUUGUCAACCAAUGGCAUGUCCUUGCCAGUGGAUUUGCCCUUGUGACUCACCAGGCUGCAAAGCUGUACUUCAUCACCUUUCACAUUGUUGUGGUUAUCAUGAUUAUUAAUAUCUUUGUAGCAUUUAUCCUGGAAGCUUUCUUUGUGGAGUAUUCCCUUGAAAAGAGUGAAGUAGAAACGGCAAUUGAGAAGAAGAUCCAAGAACUCGGCGUGGGGAUCCAAGAGGAUGACUUACUAGAUGGCAAACUGCUUGACAACAUGGAGACCAGUGAAAAUGACCUUGGAGGAGAAGAGGGAAUAGCUGCGAAAAAGCCUAAAGGGCUGAUGUUCAAAAUCGCUUCCAAACGAUACAGGACUGUGGAUGCUUUGCUACAGCGUAUGUUUGAAGCAGAGAUACCUCCAGAAGAAGAAGGUCCUUCGCUGGAUGAAAUCUUAAACCUUUCCCCUGAUGAUGCUUACCCAAAGAACCCUACCUUUGACAGUGCUGCAUAAUAUGGAGAAUGAAUGGAAAUAACUGGAAACUGGGAGCAGCGGGGCAGUACUAAUCUUUUCAGACCUCUCUGUGGCUGACCAGCGAUUGCCUCCACAACUACCACCAGGACCAUCUGCCACUUGGAGCAACAAAGUUCUUGGUGCUUUGCUCUACUGAUCCCUUCCUCCAAUAAAUUAAGCAAUACUCA